AUGGCACGAUUCCCGACGUUGGUAAAAGCGUGGGUAUGGGUUGCCGUCUCCACUGCCGAAGAUCGCGUAGGCGGCGUGAAGCAAGCGGGGCUGUCCGUCUUCCGAGCACCGCACGAAUCGGUUGGAGGGAUGUUCCAUCUACAUCAUGCAAGACUUGACGAUGGAGUGUCUUACACAUACGACAUGAUGGUCGAGGAUAAGCGUAGCUUUUUGACUACUAUAUAUGUCGCGUUCGCUGGCUUCACGGUCUUGAUGUGGGACCAUAUGAUCACGUUUGGAGAUGAAGUCGAGCUCAUAUGGAAGAGGAAAAAGACGUUCAUCGCAUACGUCUUCUUGCUGAACCGUUAUAUCAUACCCCUAAGCUUCAUCUCUAUCUCUCACCGACGUUUACGUACACCGAGUUCGUCUGUCCGCAACCUUAACUUGUCACUGUCUGAUUGCGGAGUGGCCAGAUGCGCACGCUUCGUAGAAUACGAAGGCAUUAUGGUGGUUAUUGGCGAGUGGCUGACUGGGUUGAUGAUGUUCUGGCGUCUGAUAGCGCUUUGGAAGAAUCGCCCGUUCGUUGUGUAUCUUAAUGGGGCGAUCUUCCUCGCAUGGGUCACCCUCACCGUGAUGGUGAUCUCCAAUGGCUACCCGGUUCCGCAUACACCAGCAGUGAACUCAUGUACUGAGUUAAGCCAUGACAUUUUCCCUGGAGUGGGGUCGGCGAGUCUCGCGCUGAACAUGCUUUAUGACACAAUGGUCUUCGGUUUCAUACUUGUCAAGACUCUCCCGUUCAGGCCACAUAGGAACACGAACACUAUCACGCGAACGCUCGCAGCAGAUGGACUCCUUUACUAUUUCGUUGUCCUUGCUGUAAAUAUUGUGUGGACUAUAAUGCUUCUGGAUGCGCCCGAUGGCCUGAAGGAUGUCACUGGCCAACUCAAGCUUCUUCUGACUGUCGCAAUGGGCUCACGUAUCACGCUCAACCUGCCCAAAGAGCACCGCAGGAUAUCAGGCCAGGGUUCGCGACAACCAUCGCGAUGGGAGAAUGCGCCGUCAUUAAAGCUGCCGGCAAUUGCGCUCAAAUCCUUACCCCAUAAGGAUCCCGAGAUCUAUGUCGCGUUCGCCGGGUUCAGCGUCUUGAUGUGGGACCAUAUGAUCACGUUUGGAGACGAAGUCGAGCUCAUAUGGAGACAGAAAAAGGCCUUCAUCGCAUAUAUCUUCCUGCUGGUGCGCGAACAGUGA